CAGGUCACUGAGUGCGCACACACUGUGGGUUUAUCCGCAGGAAGAGGGGAGGUAGGCUCCCUGUUUAGUGGCACUUUUUUUCUCCUCUUCUAAUAGAGAAACCGGAUCACGUGAACAGGUGGCGUUAUCUUUCCCUUAAAAGCCCCGAGGAAGUUAGAGAGGAGAGAAGAGGGAGUCACAAAGGUGCUGCAGGCAACAGCAUGGGCAACUCGUCCAGGAAGGGAGGGGGAGAAGAAGAGGAGGAAGAGGGGGGGAAAGAUGGCGAAGAGGCAGAAUUUUCCGAGAAGGAGAAGGAAGUAGUGCAGGAAGUAGAGGAGGAACUUCCGCUUGGAGUGGAGGAGUUGCUGGAGAGUGGAGACCCCGUGUUGGACUUGAGCUACCGUAAAUUUAAGCGUUUGCCUUCACGUGUUUGUGACCUGAUGCAUCUGGAGAAGCUUUAUGUUUGUGGAAACAGCCUGCGCACCCUGCCCGACAGCAUCUCCCAGCUGCAGGGUCUGCGGAUACUUGCCCUCGACUUCAACAAAAUAGAAGAUGUUCCUCUGGCCGUCUGCGACCUCACUAACCUAACCCGUCUCUAUUUGGGCAGCAACCGCCUAAUGAGCUUUCCACCUGAGCUGAGCAACCUGCAGAAUCUGCGGUGCUUGUGGAUGGAGAGCAACUACUUCCAGAGAUUCCCACGAGUGCUCUAUGACUUACCCAACCUCAAGUCCCUGCAGAUGGGGGACAACCGCCUGAAGACUCUGCCUCCUGACUUGUGGCGCAUGGAGGCUCUGAGGGGAUUGUGGCUCUACGGAAACCGCUUUGACACCUUCCCAAAAGUCCUUCUUCGAAUGAAGUCCUUGGAGAUCCUAGACCUGGACCGCAACAAGAUAUCAGAAAUUCCCAGCCUGAAGCGUCUCAGAGCCCUGCGCCUUUUCUCCUAUGACCACAACCCAGUCAAGGAACCUCCUAUAGUAGGUGAAGACGCUGUCUUGGUUGGGGAGGGAGCUGCAGAGUUUUUGGAGGUGCGUGAGGCCAGGAAGGAGAGACGACGAAAGGCAGCAGAGAAAGAGGCAGAAGAGCUGGCACUUGCAGGAGAGGAGCCAGUGAUUCAUGGCAUCCUCAAGAACAGUAGCUCAAAGCAAGCACCAAAUGAAGCUGCAGUGACCAUAGAGGACACAGAUGUUAAAGAGGAAGAGCUUCUGGUGAAGGAGGAAGAAGUGGAGGAUGAAGUGGAGGAAGAGGAAGGAGGGUAUGUGGAGCCUCCAAUAAACGAGUAUGGCGGGACUGAGCUCGAAUAUGACGAAGAGGCGGUCGAAUAUGAGACAGAGGAGCUGAUAUGUGAGGGAGAAGGGUUUGAGUUUGAGGGAGAGGAGCUAGAGUAUGAGAGGGCUGAGAUGGACUAUGAGGAUGUGGAGGAGUUGGAUGACACAGGGAGACAAGAUGAAGGGGCGUGAAAGGCCCCUCCAAGAUCCAGAUGAUCUGCAGGACAAGCUGGACAUGAAUGACAGGAAAUCCUGCAGAUACAGUUGAUGUUUUGGGACUUUUUUGUGUAGCUGUGCUGCUAAUUUAAAACCUGUUGUUUGCUGUGAAUAUAAAUGAGCCGGGCAUUAUGUGUCUAAAAAUUAACAACAUCUCACUCAUCUCCAUAUGAUCAGAUCAGAGCUGGACUCAGGUAAAGAGAGAGUGUGUGUGUGUGUACAGUGUGUGUAGUUGUUUUACAAUAAAACUACUUGCAGUGGGCAUAGGAGACC